AUGCAGCCGCUCGCCUGUCCAUCGCCUCCCCCUCAAAUCAUUCGUACUUACCGAAGUGUCCAGCAGUAUUAUCUUGUGGCCGUAUUUUUAUGCUUUAUAUUGUCUUACACCCUAACCGUUUUUUCUUUCCCAUUUAUUCUAUUUGCAAUGUCUCAGCGCCUGGGCAACGACGCUUCCAAGUCGGAAGCUAUUGAGAACGUUCUCAGAGCGCGACGGUAUCUUGAUGAUGCCCUUCGAGAUCUCGAGGGUCAUCCUAUGUCCACAGCGUUCCAAUCUAGAUCACAUGAAACUGCUGUAGGUGUACACUCAGAUGCUAAUGUAAAUCAAGAGCUACAAACACAGAUGCCGACAACUACCGAUGGUCCCGCAGAGGAGCUACAGGCUUCAGUGUCGCCUUCGCAAAAGUCUGCCUUCACUUCACGUAUUAUCCUAACCACCUACCCAAAACAAAUUGGCAUCGACCCCAUACCUUUGGACUGGGGCAACGGCGACGGUGUUUCCCGUGGCCCUAUUGUUGUCUCAAGGGCAUCAUCGACAGUGAGGAGACGCAAUGCGAUUGGAGCCUACGGCGGAUCCUACUCUAUUUAUUACGCUCUCGCUGUUGCCAGCAAGGAACUGGAUGCCGACCACCGACCUGAUUUCACAAACACAGAGCCUGCCGUUACUAUUGGGCCGUUCCCUCAAUGGAGCGACCCAAAGAAAAUCGUCGCCAUGGACCCUUGGGGCCACCUUGCGCCAUGGCUGUUCAAAUCCCAAAUGAGUCAAGAGAACCUGGAUUUAAGACCUACGAUUGCCGUUACGAAAGCCCACAUGAAGCUCCCUGAGUUGGCUGAGAGUGUAAAAUCUGGCAGGCUUGUCCCCGAUGGCAAGGUGUGCCUGAAUGAAUCCGGAGAAUUGGCAGUAACAAAGUUUGCUGUAGAGCCGGUUUGGUAUUUACCUGGCGUGGCAGAGAGAUUUGGCAUCGAUGAAGGGACUCUACGACGGUCUUUAUUUGAACACACCGGUGGAAGCUACCCCGAGCUUAUAACCCGCGGUGACAUCAAAGUCUUUUUGCCACCCAUUGGCGGACUGACUGUUUACUGCUUUGGGGAUCCCGCAAAGAUGUCUGAUGAGUCUGUUAGGCUUUCUUUGAGAAUUCAUGACGAGUGCAACGGUAGUGAUGUCUUCGGCUCUGACAUCUGCACUUGCCGCCCAUAUCUCAUUUUCGGUAUCGAAGAAGCGGUAAGAGAGGCUCAGAAUGGGGGCAGUGGCGUUGUGAUAUACUUCAGAAAAGAAGGCCGAGCCCUCGGUGAGGUGACCAAAUACUUGGUAUACAAUGCUCGGAAACGCGGUCAGGAUAAAGCAUCCGAUUACUUCAUGCGCACCGAAAACAUUGCCGGUGUAAAAGACAUGCGCUUCCAGGCCUUGAUGCCAGACAUUUUGCACUGGUUGGGCAUCAAAAAGAUCGACCGCAUGUUGAGCAUGAGCAAUAUGAAAUACGACGCAAUCGUUGGCCAAGGAAUACCCAUUAAAGAGCGAGUCGAGCUUCCAGACGAGCUUAUACCUGCAGAUUCGCGCGUCGAAAUCGAUGCCAAGAUCACCGCUGGGUACUUUACGGCCGGAAAGCGCCUUACCGCAGAGGAGCUUCAAACAGUUCAAGGCCGUAUUUGGGAAGACAUCGAUCAUUGA